AUGAGUGCUGGAGCUGACGCUGUUGCACAGAAGGUCAAUGACCUGUCUGUUUCCGACAAGAAGAAGAAAGGUAACAAUAAGAAGGCCUCUUUGUACUUGGACCCAGAGCCAGCUUUCAUUGCUGAAAGAAAUGCUUUGUUCGAAAAGUUGCAGAAGGAAUACCAAGAAAAGGUUGCUUCCAUGCCUCGUGUUCCAAUUACCAUAGUUCUAAAGGAUGGUGCUAAGAAGGAAGCCACUGCUUGGGAAACCACACCAAUGGACAUUGCUAGAGGAAUCUCCAAGUCCUUGGCUGACAGACUAUGUAUUGCUAAGGUGAAUGGUGAUCUUUGGGAUUUGGAAAGACCAUUUGAAGGUAAGGAAAAUGAAGAGAUCAAGCUAGAACUGUUUGAUUUUGAGUCUGACGAAGGUAGAAGAGUUUUCUGGCACUCUUCUGCUCACGUUCUGGGUGAAGCCUGCGAAUGUAACCUAGGUGCUCAUAUUUGUCUAGGUCCUCCAACUGAUGAUGGUUUCUUUUAUGAAAUGGCUUUGAAAGACACUUUGAAAGAAGACAAGGAUGCUGAAGAGAGAACAAUUUCCCAAGCUGAUUUCCCAAAUCUAGAAGGUGUUGCCAAGAAUGUUAUCAAGGAAAAGCAAAAGUUCGAAAGAUUGGUCAUGUCUAAGGAAGACUUGCUAAAGAUGUUCCAUUACUCUAAGUUUAAGACUUACUUGGUUCAAACCAAGAUCCCAGAUGGUGGUUCCACUACCGUUUACAAGUGUGGUAAGUUGAUUGAUUUGUGUGUUGGUCCACAUAUUCCUCACACCGGUCGUAUCAAGGCUUUCAAGCUAUUGAAGAACUCCUCUUCCUACUUCUUGGGUGAUGCCAACAACGAGUCUCUCCAAAGAGUUUACGGUAUCUCUUUCCCAGACAAGAAGCUAAUGGACGCUCACUUGAAAUUCUUGGCUGAAGCCUCUAUGAGAGAUCACAGAAAGAUUGGUAAGGAACAAGAACUAUUUUUAUUCAAUGAAAUGUCUCCAGGUUCUUGCUUUUGGUUGCCUCACGGUACCAGAAUAUAUAACACCUUGGUUGAUCUUCUAAGAUCCGAAUACCGUAAGAGAGGUUACGAAGAAGUUAUUACUCCAAACAUGUACAACUCCAAGCUAUGGGAAACUUCUGGUCACUGGGCUAACUACAAGGAAAACAUGUUCACAUUUGAAGUUGAAAAGGAAACCUUCGGUCUAAAGCCAAUGAACUGUCCUGGUCACUGUCUGAUGUUCAAAGCUAGAGAACGUUCUUACAGAGAGUUGCCAUGGAGAGUUGCUGACUUCGGUGUUAUCCACAGAAAUGAGUUCUCUGGUGCUCUAUCUGGUUUGACUCGUGUUAGAAGAUUCCAGCAAGAUGACGCCCACAUCUUCUGUACUCAAGAUCAAAUCGAACAAGAAAUUGAAAACAUUUUCGACUUCUUGAAGUUUAUGUACGGUGUAUUCGGUUUUGAAUUCAAGAUGGAAUUGUCUACUAGACCAGAAAAGUAUGUUGGUGAACUUGAAACAUGGGAUGCCGCUGAAAAGAAGUUAGAAAACGCUUUGAACAAAUGGGGUGGUGCUUGGGAACUAAACCCAGGUGAUGGUGCCUUCUACGGUCCAAAGAUCGAUAUCAUGAUUUCUGAUGCCCUAAGAAGAUGGCAUCAAUGUGCCACCAUUCAAUUGGAUUUCCAACUACCACAAAGAUUUGAACUAGAAUUUAAGGCAAAGGAUACCGAAGAGAGCGAGAACUAUGAAAGACCAGUUAUGAUUCACCGUGCUAUCUUGGGUUCAGUUGAAAGAAUGACUGCCAUUUUGACUGAGCACUUCGCUGGUAAAUGGCCUUUCUGGUUAUCCCCUCGUCAAAUCUUGGUUGUUCCAGUUGGUGUUAAGUACCAAGAGUACGCUCAACAAGUACGUGACAAGAUGCACAAUGCCGGUUUCUACGCUGACGUUGACUUGACUGGUAACACUUUGCAAAAGAAGGUUAGAACCGGUCAAUUGAUGAAGUACAACUUCAUCUUCAUUGUUGGUGAAACGGAAAUGAACGAAAACUCCGUCAACAUCAGAAACAGAGAUGUUAUGGAGCAACAAGGUAAGAACGCUACUGUUAAUGUCGAUAUUGUCUUGGAACAACUACAAAAAUUGAAGGCUGAGAAGAGAUUGGACAACAUCCUAGCCUAA